AUGGUCGAAGACAAGUACAUCGGCCUGGCGCUUGCGGUCUCCGGAUCCAUCGCCAUUGGCACGAGCUUUAUCAUAACGAAAAAGGGCCUCAACGAUGCAGGGGAACGCAACGUUCAUGGCUCGUCGGCCUCGGAGAACUUGUCGUAUUUGCGGAAUGUGAUCUGGUGGGCGGGGAUGUUGACUACUCAUGUGCAUAUCGCAGUUGCAAACUUCGCGGCAUAUACGUUCGCGCCGCCAAUCAUGGUCACGCCGAUAGGUUGCCUGUCGGUACUUAUUGGUGCUAUACUCGCCUCGUUUUUGCUCAAUGAGAAGCUGGGGCACCUGGGACGCUUAGCGUGCACGCUCUGCCUAGUUGGCACGCUCAUCAUCAUUCUCAACGCACCAGAGGAAACACCGGUAGACAGUGUCGAGGACAUCCUGAAAUAUGCUGUACAACCAGGAUUCAUGCUGUACUGCUUCACGGUUACGGUCUGGACCCUCGUGAUGAUCUACGUCGUUGCACCUCGCCACGGACGCUCGAACCCCCUCGUCUACAUCUCCAUCUGCUCCCUCGUUGGUAGCGUCUCCAUUAUGGCGAUCAAGGGUUUCGGCAUCGCCGUUAAGCUCACGUUCGCCGGGAGCAACCAGUUCGUCUACCCCAGCACAUACGUCUUUGGCGCUGUCGUCGCCGGCUGCAUCAUGGUGCAGAUGAACUACUUCAACAAGGCCCUCGACACCUUCAACACCAAUGUCGUAAACCCGAUGUACUUCGUCGGCUUCACCACCAUGACCCUCGUCGCCUCCCUCAUCCUCUUUCAAGGCUUCAACACCGCGAGCGCGGGCAGCACCAUCUCCCUCCUCUGCGGCUUCAUCAUCACCUUCCUCGGCGUGCACCUGCUCAACUACUCGCGCGACCUGCCCACCGAGUUCCCGCUCGACGAGACGCCGCACGCGGAGGGCGGCGUGUGGGCGCCGCGCCUCAGCCUGCAGGGCCGCAUGUCGAUGGACGGGUGGGAUCUGGAGGCGCCCCCGGGCAGCGCGGGCGGGAUGCGCCGCCAGCGGAGUGGGGGCCAUGGGCGUGGGGGGUCGUUCGGCCGCCAGACGUUGUUUGAUGCGUAUGAUACGAGGGGGGCAAGGGAAAAUGUUGGGCUCGCGGAUCUUAGGGAGGAGAGCGAGUCGGAGGAUGAGAAUGCGGAUGAGCAUACGCACCUACGGAGCGCGAGCGAUGUGGGCCGUAGGGUGGCGUCGCCGCGAGGCAGCAGCCACUCGCACUCGCCGAGGAUCAGCCCGUCGAGGUAA